CCCGCUGGAGCAGGACAACAGCAUCCAGCAGCCACGCAGCCAAUCAGGGGACGCGCCUCGCUGCUGGCGCUACCGCUGUUCCAAAUGGGCGGUGUGCAUGGGCCGAAUCAGAACCGUGGACGCGCACCAGCAGGCGCGCUCCCCGACCGUUGGUAUAAAACUGUAGCGCCAGGUUCUCUCAAAGCUCUACGCGAGGCAGGCCGUAGGCUCGUACCACUAUCGAACUCUUCCAAUAAAGUGCCAAUCUAGGAGUAAAGAUGUACAGAACUACAAGGUCCCCAAUGAUGCAGCCGCUGGUCAACUCAGGAAUGGGCAUGGCUCCUUUCUUCAAGGUGACUGUGUUCGAGCAGGAGCAUUUCCAAGGCAAGUGCCUGGAGUUCACCUCUGAGUGCUGCAACAUUCAGGAUUGCGGACUGGACAACAUCCGCUCCAUCAGGGUGGAGAGCGGAGCCUGGGUGGGUUUUGAGCACCAUGACUUCCAGGGACAGCAGUUCAUCCUGGAGAGAGGAGAGUACCCCCACUGGGACGCUUACAGUGGUUCCCUCUCCUACCAUGUGGAGCGCCUCAUGUCUCUGCGCCCCAUCUACUGCGCUUCCCACCAGAGCAGCCGCAUGAUGAUCUUUGAGAGGGAGAACUUCAUGGGCCGCAGUGUGGAGAUCUGUGACGACUACCCCUCUCUGCAGGCCAUGGGCUGGAUGAUGCCUGAAGUUGGCUCCAUGCACGUGCAGUGCGGCGCCUUUGUGUGCUACCAGCACCCUGGCUACAGGGGCCAGCAGUACAUCAUGGAGUGUGAGAGACACAGUGGAGACUACCAGCACUGGAGGAACUGGGGCUCCCACUGCCAGACCCCCCAGAUCCAGUCCAUCAGGCGCAUCCAGCACUGAGAGAACAACAGGCUGAGACUGAGACAGCAGCUCCCCUCGACCCCACUUCCUUCACCCUAAACCCCCUCCUCUUUCUUUCCUUCUCUCUUCAAUCCUUUCCUUCCUCUUGACUUGAGCCGCAACACCACUACUGAUUUACAGCCGCAGCCAGAGUGUGAUAAAAGACAAUAUCGCACUGUUAAAGCACAGGGAAACAGACACAAACACAUUGCUGACAUAACUGACACUCACACAGUGUCUUUUUAUUUGGUUUGGAGGUCCCUACACACUCACACACACACCUGCGCUGUACUCCUCACCUGAGCUGGGCGAUGACUAGAGCAAUUCCUCAGUGAGCUGGAUCCAAACAGAGGGGAGAUGAAGCUACAACAUGGCGUCAUGACCAGGUCUCCUCAGUGCAGCUCAGAUGUGUUCUGUUGUUGUGUAGGAGGUUGAUAACUAAUAAACUAAUUUUCACUUCA